AUGGCUUCUUUCUUUAAAGGGUUUUCAGUAUUGUUCUUGGCUAUUACUCUAGUGAUGAGUUCUUGCAUGGUUGCAAAUUGUGGUAAUUUCUAUCAAGAUUUUGAUCUAACUUGGGGAGGCAACAGGGCGAAGGUUUUCAAUGGAGGGCGGCUUCUUUCCUUAUCUUUAGACAAGAUUUCUGGUUCUGGAUUUCAAUCCAAGAAAGAGUAUCUAUUUGGGAGAAUUGAUGUCCAACUUAAACUUGUUGCUGGCAAUUCUGCUGGCACUGUUACUGCCUACUACUUAUCUUCUCAAGGGCCAACGCAUGAUGAAAUUGACUUUGAGUUCCUAGGAAAUGUCUCCGGUGAACCAUAUAUUCUUCACACCAAUGUGUUUACUCAAGGCAGGGGGGGCAGGGAGCAGCAGUUUUAUCUUUGGUUCGACCCAACUAAGAAUUUCCACACCUACUCAAUCAUUUGGAAUCCCCAACGCAUUGUCUUCCUGGUGGACAACACUCCCAUUAGGGUGUUCAAAAAUGCUGAAUCAAUUGGUGUCCCAUAUCCUAAGAACCAACCUAUGAGAAUUUACUCUAGCCUGUGGAAUGCUGACGACUGGGCGACCAGGGGAGGACUAGAGAAAAUCGAUUGGUCAAAGGCUCCCUUUACAGCAUACUACAGAAAUUUCAAUGCACAAACAUGUAGUGGAUCUUGCACUAGCAGCAAUUCAAAGUUCUCAAAUGGGGCAUGGCAGAACCAGGAACUUGAUGCUUACAGCCGAAGAAGACUACGAUGGGUUCAGAAGAACUUCAUGAUAUACAAUUAUUGUACUGAUUAUAAACGCUUUGUUCAUGGUAUUCCUGCAGAGUGUAGGCAAUCAAGAUCAGUGGUGUCAUCAGAAACAAUCGAACUUGGCCUCACAUUGGUGGAGUACAAUGGUGGCGUUGAUGGACUUAGAUUAUUAUCAGUAUCACUGGAUGAACCAUUGACAGGGGGACUACAGCAGGCAGUAAAUUUUGCUCCUCAUCUUCUGAAAUGA